AAAAAAUUCUAGCGUUUCACCCUCUCGUUUUUCAUCCCACACUUCUCCAUUUCCCUCCAUUUUAAAAUCAUAUUGGGUAUCUCCAUUCAGUUCCUGUCUGAUACAAUCACACUAGUUCUUCAAAAACUGUGAUUUACCUUCCUGUAUAUACACAAAACAUCCUUUACGAGAGACUAAUUUUUUCUUCUUGUACAAUUAUAAUUUAAAACAAAAUGUCCAAAUCUGAGUGGAAAUUUCAACAAGUUUUUGGUGAUAACAAAAGCGAAGAACCUGUAGAUGAUGAUAUAAUAUCAGCAUUGGAGUUUGACCGUACUGGUAACUACCUUGCUAUUGGUGAUAGAGGUGGAAGAGUAGUUGUGUUGCAACGAAACCAACAAAAGAGGAAAGUUGGAGCGGAAUAUGGUGUAAUGACGGAAUUUCAAAGUCAUGAAGCCGAAUUUGACUACUUGAAGAGUUUAGAAAUUGAAGAGAAAAUUAACAAAAUCAAGUGGUAUCCAUCUAAAUGUAAUAAUAAUCUCUUUUUAUUAACAACAAACGACAAGACAAUUAAAUUUUGGAAGGUUCACGAAAAGCAAAACAAAAAGAUUUCCAAUCUUAACUUGAAUGGUAACAUUAGAAGCGUGAGCGAUAUUAAGGAAUUGAAGAUACCAUCUGUAAACAAGGCUGAAAAUGUUAUUUCUCACACACCUAAGAAAAUUUUUGCCAAUGCACACGCUUACCACAUUAAUUCCAUCUCUUUCAAUACCGAUGGAGAAACAUUUUUAUCAGCUGAUGAUCUUCGUAUCAAUUUGUGGCAUAUUAACCAUCAAAAGGAAAGUCACAACAUUGUAGAUAUAAAGCCAUCCAAUAUGGAAGAUUUGUCAGAAGUUAUCACCUCUGCUUCAUUCCACCCUGAACAAUGCAGCACAUUUUUGUAUAGUAGCAGUAAGGGUACGAUAAAGUUGGGUGACUUGAGACAAUCUAGUACUUGCAGUUCAUAUGCCAAGGUAUUCGAAGUUGAAGAAGAUCCAUCAAGCAAGACUUUCUUCUCUGAAAUUAUUGCCUCUGUUUCCGAUGCUCAAUUCAGUCCAGAUGGUAGAUAUAUCCUUUCAAGAGAUUACAUGACUCUUAAAUUGUGGGAUGUCAAGAUGGAAAAUAGGCCUUUGAAGGUAUUUAACAUGCAUGAAGGUUUGCGAUCAAAAUUAUGCGAUCUCUAUGAAAAUGAUUGUAUCUUUGAUAAGUUUGAAUGUUGUUUCAGUGGUGAUGGUAGUCAAAUCUUGACUGGUUCUUACAAGAAUCAUAUCCAUGUUUAUGAUAAACAAGGAAAGAAUCAUGAUCACUUUGAAGCCUCUCCAACCCCAACAAUCAAGAAACAAAAAAAGUCAACAGGUCUUUUGACAAGGAAAAGCAAGAAGGAAGAUCAAUUCGAAGUCUCAGACUUUUCCAAGAAGUGUCUUCACCUCACUUGGCACCCAACUGAAAAUAUUAUUGCUGUUUCAUCAGUGAGCAGUCUCUACAUUUUUGCUCAAAAUAAUAUUUAAAAUUCAUGUUAAUAAAAUUAGUAUUAUUCUUGAC